ACCUAAUACAGACGGCCAUGGAGCUGCAUGGCAAAGAGGAACUCAGGGGACCUGUUUUGCAUAUCGUGGUAGUCGGGUUUCACCACAAGAAAGGCUGCCAGGUGGAAUACUCCUACCCUCCGCUCCUUCCACAGGAGGGCCAUGACAGCAAUAACCUACCUGAGGAGUGGAAGUACCUGCCCUUCCUUGCUCUGCCUGACGGAGCACAUAACUACCUAGAAGACACCGUGUACUUCCACCUCCCGCCUCUCGGUGGCGCCGACAUGAAGUGUGUGUACGGUGUGUCCUGCUACCGACAAAUAGAAGCCAAGUCCCUGAAGGUCCGGCUGGCCGACGUCACCAGGGAGACGGUUCAGAAGAGUGUGUGUGUCCUCAGUCGAGUGCCUCUUUAUGGCCUGCUCCAAGCUAAACUACAGCUCAUCACACAUGCCUACUUUGAUGAGAAAGACUUCUCACAGAUAUCUAUAUUGAAGGAGCUGUAUGAACAUAUGAACGGGUCUCUGAGGGGAACAACUCUGGAGGGAUCCCAAGUGUUCUUGGGUUUGUCACCAAGGGAUUUAAUAUUGCACUUCAGACACAAGGUUCUUAUUCUCUUCAAACUCAUUCUGCUGGAAAAAAAGGUGUUAUUCUAUGUGUCUCCAGUCAACAGGCUGGUUGGAGUUCUGAUGACCGUCCUGUCUCUGUUCCCAGGGAUGAUUGAGCACGGCCUGGCCGACUCGUCCCACUACCGGACGAAGAGCAGCGUGUCAGAGGAUGUCAGCCUGGCGGAGGUGGAGGAGUUCGUCUCUGUCUCCGUCACGGACAUCACCAACGCCUCCAUGGAGCUCCUAGCGGAGGAGGACCAGACCCCAUCACAGAGAACCACAUCACUCCCAGAGACCUCCACCCCAGCUGGAGAGAACCACCACCUCAAGCCACCCUCCCGGACCUCCCCGGACUCCUCAGAGAGCGACUGGGAGACCCUCGACCCCAGCGUGCUGGAGGAGAUUCCUAAAGACUCUGAGACGGGGGGUUCAGGCUCGGGAAGUUGCGGGGUGGAGACGCCGGAGACAUUCGAACCAGCCCCAGGCAUCCCCAUUACAGUGCAACCUCAGGGCCUGUCAUCAGCUGGGUCUGGAGGUCAGGGGGUCAUCAGCCAGGGCCUGGUGUCUGGGCUGGAGGAGGACCUGUAUGGCCUUCCACUGGCCAUUUUCACCAAGGGUUACCUGUGCCUGCCCUACAUGGCCCUACAGCAGCACCACCUGCUGUCCGACGUGACAGUGCGCGGCUUUGUCGCCGGGGCAACCAACAUCCUCUUCCGUCAGCAGAGACAUCUAAGUGAUGCCAUCGUGGAAGUGGAGGAGGCCAAGAUCCAGAUCGGGGACCCAGAGUUGAGGAAGCUGCUGAGCCUGACCACGGCAGACCUGCGUUUUGCUGACUACCUGGUCAAGCACGUCACAGAGAACCGUGAGGAUGUUUUCCUGGACGGGACGGGCUGGGAGGGGGGUGAUGAAUGGAUAAGGGCUCAGUUUGGCCUCUACGUUCACUCCCUGCUCUCAUCAACACUACAAGAAGACGCUGAGAAACUUCUAGCUGACUGGGGCGCUCCUUUCGUCUCAGCCUGGAGAAUCACACACAACUACAGAGUGUGGUUCAGCAACAAACACCCAGCCAUGGCGGAGAUCACUCCAGGACAUCCGUUUCAAGGACAGUACAGUGCUGCGGAUCUGAAGCUGAGGUUUUCACACUCGGUGCAGAACAGCGAACGAGGGAAGAAGAUCGGGGCGGCUGUGAUCACAACCAGUCGGAGUGUCGUCCAGACGGGGAAGGCAGUAGGUCAGUCAGUGGGCGGGGCGUUGACGAGCGCCAAGUCUGCCAUGUCGUCCUGGUUCUCCACGUUGGGCCAGCCCGCUAUCGUAGCCUCCCCGGCAACCUCUCCGGAAGCUCGGUCACCUUCUGCUACGUAGGCCAAGCGCUGACCCUCCCUCCACGACCGUCUGUCCUCAUCACGACCCCAGGCUAUAAUAUGUCCGUCUCAUUCAACACUGUAACGCUGUAAAACACGUCUCUUUAUAUAGUAGCUGAGUGGCCGCGGCCUAGUGGGAGAGGUCGGGGUUAACCUAACCUGGGGAGGGGGUUUUGGACUGUCUUCUCUGAGGACCAGGUGAGCCAGUUAGUUACAGAACAUGGAGUGAGAGAAGGAUUACAACAAAAAGGGCACCCGCUUGCCAACCCUGUGCCCUGCCUUUGACCCGGGUUAUACUGAUAACUAGUCCACCACAUCCAACCCCAGACUAUACAGGGUAAAUAGCCACCAAGGUUCCCAACACCCGCCCAAAAAUAUAUACCAUUCCCUAGGAGUCAAAAGGAGUGUAUCACAGAAGAGGGUUUGUCCUUCCUAAAGGACACCGAUGUCAAGCUCGAUCCAUGGAGGUCCGAACCCACCUUGUACUUGAUUGACUCAGUAAGGUUACUUAUUAGUUAGGAUGUCUCCUCACCUGGUCGUCUAGGAUUGGACUUCAGUUGAGGUUGGGGCUUAAAACCAGCAGACUUAGUCCUCUGUGGACUUAACUUGACACCCCUGCCUCAGGAGAAGAACGGAUUCCGAUUUAUCUAUUUUCUCAUAAUGUCCAGGCUGUAAUUUGGGAGAUGGGGAACCUUUUUAGUGAGAUGGAGCUGGCAUUAUGGGAUGUAUACCCAUUUACUGGCAUUAGCUCUAUAUAGUCUGUCAUCAUUGUGAGUGAUUACCCUCUUCGACGUGACAACACUGGAACCAAUCUGCACCCGUUUGUGGAACUGUCCGACUGUAGUGCGCCUGAAAUUGGGCCCUCUUCCUUUUAUAGUGCAUUACAUUGGCCCAAGGGUCUCUGGUCACAAUGAGUCUACUAUUCAGGGAAUUGGAUGCACCUCUGUCUCUGCUUAGUAAGGAUCUAUUAUAUUUAUAUGUGAUGUCUCAGUAGCCUGUAAUUGGUACUUUGAGAUAUGCUUGCUGAACUUUCUCCCUGUUUGUAUUUGAGAUGUUUUUUACUGUUGGACUACCGUCAGUUUGUUACAACGGUUGAGUAGGCAUGCUGUUUGAGACAGAGGCUCUCAAAGAUGGCUCCCUGUUCCCUACAGUGAGCUGCUUUUUGAUGUCGUACACUGCAGAUUAGGGCACCAUUUUGGACACAGAACAGGUCCAGUUUUUAAACUGUGAUGAUAUCGUCUUUCAGGUUGGCCGUGUGAGUGGUGGAUGUUCAACCUGCCUUUCUUGUCAUGACUUUUAAACUGAAAUCUUUUGAGCCGUUUGUUUUGCCUGUUUUCACUGUAUCUUAAUGUAUGCUUCUGCCGUUCAAAUCUGAAAAUGACCUUUGUUUGACUGUUUGGUUUUCAGAGUCAUUUCUCUUUUUUAUCUGAAUAUUGUAUUUACAAUGUGUAUUUAAAGUAUGAAUAUAUUCUAAAAUUGUGAAUUGAAGUUCACUAAAUAUUUUCCCGUAAGAUGCUUUUUAAGUAUUUUUUGGGGGGGGAAAUGUAUAAUUUAUGCAAUGCUGAAUUAAUAAUUUAACUAAAUAAAG